AUGUCAAAGACACAGCAACAGCCGCUCUCAGCAUUCCGAGUUCAUUAUGCCGGCUCCUCAAAAGCAAAGGCGCAUGACCUUCCAGAUCCAAUUGGGUUUACGGAUCCGGAUGCUGUCAGCAAGAAGCAGUCCAAGACAAAAUCUUCAUCAGCAGUAGCACGCCAACGCGCAGACCCAGCAGCACUCAAGAUGGCGAAAGCGUGGGAGCUGGCGUAUUCACCAGCCAAGUCGUUGCCGAUGAACGCCAUCAUGCUGUACAUGUCCGGAUCCGGCGUACAGAUCUUCAGUAUGAUGGCAGUUGGCAUGCUCAUCACCGGUCCGCUCCGCGGUAUCUCGACAAUGAACAGCUCUUUCGACCGCCUCUCCUCGCCAGGACAGAGCCUGUUGCUACCCAAAAUCUUGUUCAUUCUGUGUCAGAUGGCAGCGAUUGCCUUGGGAUUGUACAAGUGCUGGAGCAUGGGGUUGUUGCCAACAGAGACGAGCGACUGGCUCGCUUGGAGACAGGCACGCACACCACUGGAAUUUUCGCCGAUUCAUUAG